AUCUCCCCGUUGGCAUCCUAACCGCAUAUUUCGCAUCUCAGGACUUCAAUUUCAAAUUUGAAACCAACUGGCAACAAUAAAACCCGAAAGGGACGAACUCUUCAACCGCCAGCAGCUAAAAUUUCACCCACUGCAAAUUUUUAGUGCCAGCCGGCAUUCCACCUUCAGCAUUUUAUUUGUCUUCAAUUCAAUUGCAGUUCAAAGUCUCACCUACAGAAGAAGGAAAGUGGAGGCGCGCUGCAGCCUUUUAACAGACACGAAUCCAUGGGCUCCAAUACCAAUUUCUGUGACCGGCGCGUGGGCAUCAUCUACGACGACCGGAUGUGCAAGCACACAACUCCUGACGGCGAGGAUCAUCCCGAGAAACCUGACCGGAUUCGGGUAAUCUGGAAACGGCUCCAGUCUUCCGGCAUAGCUAAGAGAUGUGUAAUUCUUGAUGGGAAAAACGCUGAAGAUAAACAUAUAGCCCUUGUUCAUUCCAAAUUUCACACAGAAUUCAUUAGAAGUAUAAGCUCUGCAAAGUUAGCUUCAAGAAGAGAUUCGAUUGCUGCUCAAUUUAAUUCCAUAUAUUUCAAUGAAGGGUCGUCAGAGUCAGCUUAUCUUGCUGCUGGUUCUGUAAUAAAGGCUGCUGAGAAAGUUGCCAAUGGAGAACUUCAGUCUACCUUUGCUAUUGUCAGGCCUCCUGGACAUCACGCUGAAGAGAACGAACCCAUGGGGUUUUGCCUUUACAAUAAUGUUGCUAUUGCAGCAAGUUAUUUACUGAAUGAACGAAAAGAUUUGGGCAUUAACAAAAUUUUGAUUGUUGAUUGGGAUGUUCACCAUGGUAAUGGUACUCAAAAAAUGUUUUGGAAGGACCCUCGUGUACUUUUAUUUUCUGUUCAUAGGUAUGAAUUUGGGGGCUUCUAUCCAGGUGGUGAUGAUGGGUCUCAUGUGAUGACUGGGGAAGGGUUGGGAGCAGGAUAUAAUAUAAACGUGCCUUGGGAGAGUGGUUGUUGUGGUGAUGCGGACUAUCUUGCAGUUUGGGAGCAUAUAUUGAUUCCUGUGGCAAAAAGUUUUUGUCCUGACCUUGUCAUUGUCUCCGCAGGAUUUGAUGCUGCUGUUGGUGAUCCUCUUGGUGGAUGUCGAGUAAGUCCACAUGGAUACUCAGUAAUGUUGAGCAAGUUAAUGGAGUUUGCUGGUGGAAAAAUUGUUAUGGCACUUGAAGGAGGAUAUAACCUUGAUUCUAUAGCAAAAUCUGUUCAAGCAUGUAUUGAAGUAUUGCUGCAGCAAGGACCUAUUCCAGGGUCAUUAGAUGCAUAUCCAUUUGAGUCCACAUGGCGAGUAAUUCAAAAUGUUCGUGAAGAGUUGAGUCCUUUUUGGCCUACACUAGCUGUGAAGUUGGACAAGAAUGUAACCAUCAAAAGAGCACAUCAAUCUCAGACCUUUAUCUCAGAUUCUGAAGAUGAACACAGUGGUCCGGAUGUGGUAUCAGAAGAUCAUGACAAGGCCAUAGAGAAUGUGUUAGUGCCACUUUCAAGCCUGACAAUUAAUCCAGAAGCUUCUGACCAAGCAAUCACUGUUUCUUCUACUUGGCGAUCAGAACUUCGGCAAACAGAAAUCUGGUAUGCCGCUUUUGGAUCAAAUAUGUAUUUGCCAAGACUUCGCUGCUAUAUUGAAGGUGGACAGCUCGACGGAAUGAAAGGACGGUGUGCUGGCUCUAUGGAUAAAAGUAUGCCAAAGGAAACCAUGUGGAAGACAGUCUGCCAUCGACUGUUCUUUGGUCGUGAUCAUACGGUGACAUGGGGCCAAGGGGGUGUUGCUUUUCUUCAUCCUGAAACCAGUCAGAACAAAUCUCCUGUGUGCCUCUAUAAAAUUACGCUUGAGCAGUUCAAUGAUAUUCUCCUUCAGGAAAAUGUUCCAAGCUAUGAAAUGACAGCUCCUUUAUUUGAUUUGACUGCAUUAUGCUCAAUUGAAGAUGAAAAAACCAUCUUGGUGGGGGCUGUGAAGAGUGGCUGGUACCACAAUGUUCUUUACUUGGGGAAGGAGAAGGGAAUCCCGAUUCUAACCAUGACUUGUAGCUUGCCAGUUAUUGAUAGCUUCAGAUCAGGCAAGUUUCCUCUCUGUGCACCUUCUCAAGGCUAUGCUGAUGUCCUGAUCAAAGGAUUGGUGGAGGGGAAUCAGUUCUCAGAAGAGCAGGCCUCUGCAUACAUCCAAGAUGCUUCUACCAAACCACUGUGACUCCUUUCUCACUUUGGUCAUUUUGUGGAAAAAGUCCGAGCCACUGCAGGAAUUAUCUGGCGUUAAUUAAUGAACUAUUGAAACACUUUUUCUAGUCUGCUAUGCUUUAGGAACUUUUCUCAUGUUCCUUAGUACGUGUAGACACCACCGUGUUCCGUGCAGGGUUGGAGAUAGGGAGGGACUGGAGGAGGCCUCCUCCCAAGGAAAAAUCCUAAUGUAUAUAUAGUGUAUAAAUACUUUUAAUUUAUAAAAAAUAUUUUGAUAUUUUAAACUUUUGCCCCUGCAAUGUAAAAUUUUAAGGGGCCCGGCCCCUCUAAUCACAGAUUUCUGGCUCCACAAUUGGUUCUGAUCCCCCUGUAAGUCAGUCUGACUUCAACUUAUAGCUGAUUAGGUUUUGGUCUAGUUAGAAACUGCCUUUACGGAUCCAGUUCUUGCUGCUGGUUCAGAACAGAUUUUCAAGCCUACUUCUGUAUAAAAAGUGGAACCAUAAUUAGGAGUGGACUGAUCCGAUCACC